AUGGUUAAUUAUGAUAAUGUGAGAACAAAAAAACAGUAAUUAAAUAGGAAUGAACUAAGAGUUAGAAUAAUAAAGCAGAGCUUUGAAAGAAGAUUAUGGAUGAACUGA